AUGGAAGAGUGUCGAAAAAAAUUCAGUCUUCCAUUACCCGAGCCGGUGUCUGAUAAAUGGAUUGUUGUCACCUCUAUAAGGUACCCCUCCGAAGACGUAAAGAGAUUAGCAUCUCUGGAUGGUUGGAAUCUCGUCGUUGUGGCUGAUGUAAAGACACCGAAGGACUGGCAUCUGGAUGCACCUGGAGUUCACUUCCUUAGCCUAGACGUGCAAACGAAAUUGGGGUUCCGAAUAACAACGCUAUUACCGGAAAACUCGUACACGAGGAAAAAUGUCGGCUAUUUAUACGCAAUUCAAAUGGGCGCCAAGUGGAUCUAUGACACAGAUGAUGACAAUAAACCAUUUGGCAAAGGACUUGACCAGUUUGAUUUCACGGAGCGUAUCAGCUCCUUGUGCUCCAGUAGAAACGAUUCCGCAACUGCCACUAAUAUCUCGUGA